CUCCGACUGAUGUGACAGCACAUGGCACUGCACACAUAGGCAGAUGCAUCUUAUCUCUGAAGCAACAACCUUGGUCUACUUUGAGGGAAGACUCUCUUAGCCCUCCACAUAACCCUGAUUCCAGGGCUCUAAAGAUCAUCUGAGCUCUCUGAAGUUUCACCAUGUCCACCGACCCCGCAGCAGAACUGCCUUUUUUCUACGGCAGUAUCAGUCGCUCUGAAGCUGAGCAGCAUUUAAAACUGGCCGGUAUGGCUGACGGGCUCUUCUUGCUGCGACAGUGUCUGCGGAGUUUGGGUGGAUAUGUCCUCUCUCUUGUGUGGAACUUGGAGUUCUACCAUUACCCCAUAGAGAAACAGCUUAGUGACACUUAUUGUAUCGCAGGAAGCAUACCACACUGUGGGCCUGCUGAGCUCUGUGAGUUUUACAGCAAGGACCCUGAUGGGCUGGUGUGUGCUCUGAAGAAACCUUGCUUACGGUCCUCGGACACACCGAUCCGGCCCAGUGUGUUUGACAGCCUGAAAGAAAACAUGCUGAGGGAGUACGUGAAGCAGACCUGGAACCUUGAGGGUGAAGCCAUGGAGCAGGCCAUCAUCAGUCAAGCGCCUCAACUGGAAAAGCUGAUCGCCACUAUAGCCCACGAGAAGAUGUCAUGGUAUCACGGCAAAAUCCCCCGACGGGAAAGUGAGAGGUUGCUUUACUGUGGAGCACAACCAGAUGGCAAGUUUCUGAUUCGUGAUAGAGAGGAGCCUGGUACUUUUGCACUCUCUGUAAUGUAUGGAAAAUCCAUUUAUCACUAUCAGAUCCUCCAAGACAAGUUAGGAAAAUAUUCCAUGCCGGAGGGAUCGAAGUUUGACACUAUUUGGCAGCUGGUAGAAUACCUGAAAAUAAAACCUGACGGCAUGGUGACAAUUCUGGCCGAUGCAUGUGUCAACAGAGCUGCUGGAAAGAUACCCAGCCUCCCCGCAACUAGGCGAACAGGCCCAAAUAGCUACACACCACCACCUCGAGUUGUGACUGUGAAGGCAGUCACACCUGUGCCUGCAGAUGAUGCACUUCCGAUGGACUGCAUUGGCUUUAACCCUUAUCACAACCCCAAUGACAUUAAGAAGUUUAACAUUCAGAGGAAUCAGCUUUUCAUUGAUGAGGUGGAACUCGGCUCUGGCAACUUUGGCUGCGUCAAGAAGGGCGUCCUGGAUACUGACAAGCGCCAGUUAGAUGUAGCCAUCAAAGUGCUGAAGAGUGACAAUGAGAAGCUAAUGAAGGAGGAGAUGAUGAGGGAGGCAGAGAUCAUGCACCAACUGAAUAAUCCCUUUAUUGUUCGGAUGCUGGGGCUAUGCAAUGCUGAGAGUCUGAUGCUGGUCAUGGAGAUAGCCGCCUCCGGACCUCUCAACAAGUUUCUCUCCUCCAAUAAGGAUACUGUAUUGGUGGAGGAAAUUGUCAAUCUGAUGCACCAGGUGUCGAUGGGAAUGAAAUAUCUGGAAGAGAAAAACUUUGUGCAUAGGGACUUAGCAGCUCGCAAUGUCCUGCUGGUCAACCGAAAGUUCGCCAAAAUUAGUGACUUUGGGCUGUCCAAGGCCCUGGGAGCAGACAACGAGUACUACAAGGCCCGUUCUACAGGACCAUGGCCGCUGAAGUGGUACGCGCCUGAAUGUAUAAACUUCCGCAAAUUCUCCAGUAAAAGUGACGUGUGGAGUUUUGGCAUCACCAUGUGGGAAGCCUUCUCAUAUGGAGGGAAACCUUACAAGAAAAUGAAACAAGCAGAGGUGAACAGUUUCCUUGAAAGUGGAAAACGCUUGGCGUGUCCAACCAAGUGUCCAGACCGAAUGUAUGCAGUGAUGCAAGAAUGCUGGACAUACAAACAUGAGGACCGUCCUGACUUCAAAAAGGUGGAAGAGACCAUGAGAGCUUACCAUUAUUCCAUUUCAAAAAGGGUUAAGCCGUUGGGUGCUGCCACUGCUGUGGAACCUAACAAGUAGAGAUUCUGUCCCAUGGCUACACAAUGUCUCCAUUCAGCCGGGUCAUUUAACAACCAAAACAAAAGCGCUAUUUAUGACCGGCCUUAACUCCAGCAGUGAUACAGCUAAACAGGCCUCAGUGGCCAUAAGUAAACAUUUGGAACAGGAGUGUGUCGAGUACACGUAGAGGCCUACUGGAGAUUUUUAUCUGUUUGAAUGUCUUUAAAUUACACUGAUGAGCAAACUUUUUUGACUGUUUUUUUCUUAGUAUACUGUACUGUGAAUAGGUCCUUGGAAUUGCUUUUUGUUGUGGGUGUCUUUAAAUUAAAUGAAUAAAUGUUACAUCAUCUCCAUGAAAUAAAAGCUUCAUAACUAAGUGAUAAUGCAUGAGGGAUACCACGGAAAUAAAUUAUUAAAAGAAGGAAGAAAAAUUAAUUUGCAGCAAGUUGAAUAUUUAACCCCAAGUAAAACAUGUUAGUCAAGGAAGUGGAAAACGUGGGUUACACUUCUGCAAAUACAACAUGACUAUGAAACCACCAGCACCGCCUCUUAUUUUCCAGCUUGACUAUUUGUGCUGAAAUAAACUUUGCGUCAUUGAGACAGGUCAUAAGAAGCAAGUUCAUCUGAGCGACUUACACAAUGAAUUAGGUAUUUUACAAAUUCACGUUAAUAAACAAACAUCGAUAGGUUUAUAUGUAAACUCUCAGUGAUGACAACUCGAAAGUAAAGAUACUUAGUUCAAGGAGCAUGUUUAUGUUAAUUAUAGUUUACGUAUUUGUUAUUGUAAAAACUAUAAGAAAAAGAAAAUGACUUCACAGCCAUUGUGUAUGGGAGACACGGAAGACUAUAUGUUCCCUACAAAAUCACUUUAAACCGUGCAAAC